CGCGCUGUUUCUUGCCCUAUCCUACAGUUUACUUCGAGAGCCGACAAUAUCCCGACCAAAAAAAAAAUAUUACCACAACAGGUGUAAACCAGUAUCCAACAGGUAGUUAACCAAGCACGCUUUGCCGAGAUUCGCAGCUGCACUUCACCAAUAGUUCACUUGCGCUGCUGGAAUUCCAUUGACGUAAUAAUUUACAGACUACACUACACAGUCGUUCGUCACAAAAGCAAUAACUCAGUCUCACCCUAACCUAAACCUGUGUUUUACUGGAACUCCAAGAAGUACAGACCAAUCAACAAUGGCUGAAGUGAUAAAUGGACAAAGUAAAAAGCUCCAGUGCACGAAGUCCGAAUUGAAGUUCGUUUCUACCCUCAACGACCAUUUUUCUACCCCUGAUCAGGCACCUAAAAAGUGCACGUGGCACAAAAAUGCAUUACCGGAGGCGUCUCCACAUCGAAGGGCUGAUUGGAAGGUGACAGAUAAAAUUUUGCCUGAUAUUACAAAGGCUGUAGGGAAUACUCCCCUUGUGAGGCUUACUAAGAUUCCGAAGAGUUGUGGAUUGGAAUGUGAUGUGUUUGCCAAGUGCGAAUUUUUCAACCCUGGAGGUUCGGUAAAAGACCGUAUUGGAUUUCGCAUGGUGGAAGAUGCUGAAAAAGCCGGUCUCUUAACACCGGAUUCUACCAUCAUCGAACCCACUUCCGGAAAUACUGGAAUAGGAUUAGCUUUAGCCGCAGCGGUUAAGGGAUAUCGCUGUGUUAUAGUAAUGUCUGAAAAAAUGUCCAAUGAAAAAGUUGAUGUUUUGAAAGCACUUGGGGCUGAAAUUGUGCGCACGCCCAUCACAGCCGACUCGAAUUCUCCAGAUGGAUUAUUCGGAGUCAGUUACAAGCUCAAGAAAGAAAUCCCGAAUUCGAUUAUUUUGGAUCAGUACAGCAACCCGGGGAAUCCCUUGGCGCACUAUGACACCACAGCGGAAGAAAUUUUGGACCAGUGUGACGGACAAGUCGACAUGAUUGUUGUUGGAGCUGGAACAGGCGGUACCAUUACCGGUAUCGGCAAAAAAUUCAAAGAAGUGUCUCCAAACACGGUGAUCGUUGGAUCUGACCCAUAUGGAUCAAUUCUAGCGCAACCAGAAAAGAUGAAUGAGACUGAUGUGGACUUUUAUGAGGUGGAGGGUAUAGGUUACGAUUUUAUCCCAACAGGGUUUGAUCGCACUAUUGUUGAUAAGUGGGUGAAGGUUGCUGAUCAGGAAUCACUAACCAUGGCUAGAAGACUUAUAAAAGAGGAGGGAUUAUUGUGCGGUGGCAGUGCUGGUGCUGUUAUGGUCGCUGCGAUAAAAGCAGCCCGCAACUACAAAAAAGGGCAAAGAGUCGUUGUUAUUAUUCCUGACAGCAUCAGAAAUUAUCUCACGAAAUUUGUGUCAGAUCACUGGAUGGAAGCUAAAGGGUUCAAAGAAUGCGUUAAUGUUAACAACCACUGGUGGUGGGAUGACAGUGUGUCUAUGUUGAAUUUUGAACCCCUAGUGACAGCCACUGUGAGUAUGCCGUGUGAAAGAAUUCUCCAUAUAAUGAAAAAGCAAGGUUUUGACCAAGUUCCCAUAGUAGAUAAAAAUGGCGGUAUCUUGAGUGUUGUGACCAUGCAAAAACUACUAAAUGUGCUCAUCAGUGGUAACGCUAAACCCAGCGAUUCAAUAGAACGUGCUUCUGUUACUGUCUUCCCUAAAGUUAUGAUCACUGCCAACUUAGGUCUGGUUUCAAGAAUUUUGGAACGCGAAAAUUAUCUCAUAGUUCUGGAGAAACAAACUACAGAACAAUCAACAAUAGAAAAGCCUGUUGGAAUAAUAACAGCAGUUGAUCUGUUACAGUACGUGUCUGAUAAACGCAAAUGAAUAAAUAAACAAAAAAUACAUUUUAUAUAAAAUUGAAAA